AUUUUUGUUUUUCUCUCAUAUAGAUAUACCAGAAACACGUUUCUUAUAAAAUAAUAUCUUCAGCAGUACUGCACUAUCCACUAUCCAGUAGGAAAAUCUUAUCACUGCUAUUGGAGGAGCUUUUGCUUUCUCUGAAGAAGCUCUUACUACUUGGUUCUAGGGUUUUGUAGUUUAUGUAAUGGAUUCGUAUCCAAGCCCCAGAAUUGGAACCAACGAUUUGUUUCAUUAUGCCCUGUUCUUUCUCCUCAUUGCUUCUCAUGUUUCCGUUACUGUUUCAGCUCAGUUAAAGAGACCAGUGAAUGGGACCUUGGAGGUGGUGCUGGUGGAUGCUAAAGGAUUAGGUGAUACUGAACGUUUCUCUGGAGGGAUAGAUCCGUAUGCGGUGAUCAAAUACAAAAGCCACGAACGAAAUAGCACUGUUGCUAAAGGAGCAGGAAGCAAACCAGUGUGGAAUGAAAAGUUUUCUUUCAGGGUGCAAUAUCCAGAUAAUACUGGUGCCAAUGGGUACAAGCUCAUCCUCGAUAUAUGGGACAAAGAUAGUUUCACUGCUGACGAUUUCAUUGGUGAAACAGUGAUAUAUGUGGAUGAUCUGUUGGCCUUAGGAGUGGAAAAGGGAAAGGCUGAAAUGCACCCUACCAAGUACAGGGUCGUUGCCUCUGACAAAUCCUACAAUGGGGAGAUACGAGUUGCCCUAUCUUUCACCCCCAUAAGGUAAGUCAAGGUGGAGAUGAGGAGAAAGAACUUGGAGGAUGGAGACAUGGUUUGCACCCCCACCUCCAUGGUAAGGAUGAGGAGGAUUUGGACUACUCAGAUACUUCCGAUGUAUUGAACUAAAAGUUUGAACACCUCUUUCUACUUGAACCUUAGACCCUAAUUAUCUGAUUAAUCAAGAAACUCUUAAAUGCUUAUUGAGGGUUGCCUUAAAAUUAAGUUUUACUCUAUUUCUCUUUAUCACAAACUAAAUUUUUUAACAGCUCCGUUCAGUGUUUCUCCA